AUGUCUCAGGUGAAUGCUGUGCGGCUCAGGAACGUUUUGAAACUCCCGAAAGCUCAUAAAUGGGUGUUCUAUGAGUGGUUUUACUCUAACCUGGAUAGACCACUGCUUCUGGGCGAGAAUGACUUUCGUAUCUGCUUGCGCGAAAAUUUCCCAAACGUGAAGACACGAAACCUUUCAAGGGCUCACUGGUCUUUGUUACGGAGGCUCAUGGGGAAACCCCGUCGGUGUUCCACCGCGUUCUUCGACGAGGAACGGAGAUCGCUGAACGAAAAACGUGAAAAGAUAAGAACCCUUCAAGCCACGCGCUCUGUCCAGCUUGAAUACCUACGAGAUCUACCGGAUGACAUGCAUGUCCCUAUGCCCCUCAUUAUUGGAACGAAGAUCACAGCCAGGGUUCGUUAUCCUACCGAUGGGUUAUACACGGGAAAAGUGGACGCGAUCGACUCUCUGAGGCAUUGCUAUCGUGUCACUUUUGACAAACCCACUCUGGGAACCCGGUCCAUUCCUGAUUAUGAAGUUUUGAGUUUGUUUCCACAGGAGACAAUUCCUCUGUCUGCUUACAAAACGCAGCAUAAGGCUAGUCGUAAUCUUUUCAUGAGUCCUGCACGGUUACUUGCCCAAUCUGCCCUUCAGUUAAAACUGAGUACCGACGAUAUGGACAAUCGAGAAUUGGGAGAUCGAUGCAACAAAUAUGUGGAUCAUGUGACGGAUAUCUCGGUUUGUUUAGUGUACUGUGUGCCACCAGUCGGCAAACGUCAUCAUAUGCACCACCACAAGUUGUUGCAAGGCUAUGGCGGAUCUGCGGGACCUGGAGCUGCUGGAGAUGUAGCCGUGCAUGACUGCCCCUUGUGUCAGGCCGAGGCUUCUGGUACGGGGGGUGCGACCGUGAGGACCACAAUAUCAUCUGGUUUCGGAUCCAAUUCCAACCUUCUAUCGGCACCUCUAAAACUGCCUGCCAUCAGCAGUGGAGAUGUCGCCGCUUCGAUGGGAAGUGCUGCAUUGUCCCUCAACGAGCCGUCCUCUGGUGGACGCCUGUUGUUGAACGAAGCUGAUAUAUAUGGUGGAUAUCCAAUGAAGUUCCUGGUCAUGGUGGGUGAGCCUCCGUCUUCUUCCGCAGAUGCUGCUGCCUGCCAGAUUACCGAAUUCAAUUUUGAUGCUGAGUUUGGACGAACUUUCGAAAGUUGGUUCAGGAAAUGUGAAUACGGGUUUCAAACCAACUUUGCUCAGUUUGAUGAUGCAUGGAAAGUUCGAAUGUUGCUGCGGAAACUGGGGACAGCUGAACACGAUCGGUUCACAAAUUUCAUACUCCCCAAACACCCUCGUGACCUUGGUUUCGCAGAUGCUGUCAAAAUUCUGGCCCAAAUAUUCGGUGAGCAAAGUUCCUUGUUCAAUAUUCGUUAUCAGUGUCUCAAGAUUACCAAAAGGGAUACUGAGGAUUUCAUCACAUAUGCCGGUGUGGUCAACAGAGAAUGCGAGCGCUUUCAGCUCAGCUCCAUGACCGAGGAUCAAUUCAAGUGUCUCAUCUUUGUGGCUGGUCUUCAAUCACCACACGAUGCAGAUAUUCGGACCCGGCUACUGAAUCGAAUUGAACAGGAUCCAGAGUUGACGCUUCAGAAACUUACCACCGAAUGCCAGCAUCUUAUCAAUCUCAAGGCUGAUGCUGCCAUGAUUGGACAUUCCAAAUUAUCUCAGCCGGAUAUGGUAUGCAAAGUAACUUCCAAAAGGAAGUCAAGUUCAAAACGAACUCCAAGAAAACCGCCCACACCCUGUUGGUUUUGUGAAGAAUGGCACUAUUCACGCCACUGUCCCUACCGGAACCACAGGUGCAGUAAGUGCAGUCGAAAGGGUCACAAAGAAGAAUGCUGCAGAGACAACUUCAGGAGCUCGCGCAAACACCGACCCGACAAAAGGACGCAGGCAGAGGCUGUGACCGCCACAUUCAGGAUGAAAUCACCUGGUCGACGUAAAUUUGUCACAUUAUGUAUCAAUGGCACACCAGUUACUCUCCAACUGGAUACAGGUUCUGACCUCACUCUGAUUUCAAAACGAACCUGGAACGAAAUUGGAAGGCCACCAGUGGAACCCACAAAGUGCAUCGUUCGUAAUGCAUCUGGUGGAAGCCUCAAACUGACCGGGAAGCUGAACUGUUCCGUAACGUUCAAGGGAAUUCAUCUCAGUGGCACUUGUUACCUCACGAACUACACAGGCCUUGAUCUCUUGGGCCUGGAUUGGAUUAAUGAGCUUCAACUGUUGGAUGAACCCCUCAAUGCCGUUUGUGACGAAACAACUGCAAAUGGCCCCGAUACGUUCACGAGAACAUCACGUCCUGACGAUUUUGUGGUCGCUACAGUUACAGCCAAACCGGAGACCAGAUGGAGCAUACGCGACACAGCGACUAUUCAGCUUCUGGCGUCCGGCAGCGGUAGCCCUCUCACCUCAGUGCAAUUUGGUGAACCCUCCCAGCAGCCCGCAACGUUUCACCCGCGGUCUGAACCGUUCAGUUUACAGUCGCAGGUUCAGGCGGAUCGUUCUACUGCUAUCCGGAAAGUCAAGGAAGUGGGGCCGGCAGAAGGGACGCCACAACAGUCACACAGAGACCAGCCACCGAUUCAAAUAUAUGAGGAAUGCUCUCCACGGUGGACGCAGGGUCGACGAUGUCAAACACGAGGCACACACUUGCUGCGCUACAUUUCACUCUCUUUUAAUGAUCCACAGACGAAACUCUCCAAAAUUUUGGAAGUAAAGAAACGUUGUGUUGACGAGCUACAAGAUCUGAAUGAUGAAGCGGAGCGCAAAAUCUCAAACAAAACUGAUUUGUCGCUGGAGUUCCAGCACACCUAUCUCACACUUGUCGUUCACUUGGAAAGAUUGAACAAAGAACUGAACCAGUACUUGGCCCACGUCCUUCAGUAUGCGAAUGAGAUUGCUCAAGAGCAUGGUGUCGCUCCACUGGAACAGGCAAGUGAUUUCAAACAGCGUUGCGACGAGGAUUCCUAUGAAAUAGUUUCGCGUAUGAAAAACAUUCAGUCCCAACGUCUACAAAACACGCGGAAUAUGGAUUUGAUAUCCAAACUCGUCGGGUUGCUUGUCCAAGUUCGUUCACUCACGGAACAGGAAGGUGCAGCCUAUGGGUGUUCGAGCAUUCAGGAUGCAUUGCGUGAAAUCAAGGCAUCUGUUCACCCUAGCAACUUGCAAGCCAACGAACGUGAACUACGUUCAGCUAAACGCGAUUUGGCGCGUAAUGCCAAGGAAUUGGAGAAGGAUGAAAAACAACUAGAGAUGCAGAUCAAGCAAUGCGCUGCUCGCGGAGAUAAGCAAGGUGCCGCCCUGUUGGCUAAACAAUUAAUUUCACUGCGGAACCAAAACAAACGUAACAUGAUUUGCAAUGCCAAGCUUAGUGCAAUUAGUUCUCAACAGCGUGUUGCUGCUUCUACUGUUGCCAUGGGAAGCGCAAUGCACUCUUGUGCGCAAGUCACAGCUAAAGUGAACAAGAACUUAGACACGACGAAACUGGGGAAAACUCUGCAAGAGUUUGGGAAGACACAAAUGGAGCUAGGAAUGAAGGAAGAAAUGAUGGACGAUAUUUUGGAUGAUUUGGGCGAUGACGAAGAAGUAGAUGACGUUGUGAAUGCCGUUUUGGACGAGCUCCAUUUGGAUGUCAAGUCGCAGUUCAGCAAGACGCAAGUCCCGUCUGGAUCAGUCUCAACUGCAGAGGCAGAGGACGUUUCCGAGCUGCAAGCAAUGUUGACCAAACUCCGUGAAUAACGGUUCCUGAUUGUUGUAUGUAAAGUUAAUUGAACUUUAUCACAGAUUUUUCCUUCCAUUUACUUUCUAUCCUGUUCAAAUCGGGUUUUCCAGGUUCCGUGUGUAGUUUUUUACCUGUUCCUUUCACACACGUCGAUCGUGUUUUCGAUGACCUCGCCUAGUUUUCCUGGUGGCAACAACACCGUUGAACCUUCUGGACUGAAACGACAGUCAGUAUCCAUCGUUAUUGGUUAGUAACUCAAAAUCUGUGAUCCUUCCAUUCACUUGAGCCAAGUGCGUUUCUCCCGAGUACUGUGCUUGUAUAUUAAGUUAAGUGCGUCUCUCCCGAGUACUGUGAUGUAUAUUAGGUUUUUUGAUCACUGUUGCUCGACAGUUCCUCACUACAACUGAAGAGAACUUUUCACUCAUGCUCUUUUUACUUUUCUAUGUGAUCAUUCUUUGCCAGUUUAAACUCACGUGAAAACAACUUAAUUUCACAGAUGCAAUAAUAAAAUGUAACACCAA